AUGAAACUCUCUUCCAUCACAUUCUGUCUUGUCAUACUGAUUUGUCUGAGUCUUUCAGUGUUGGCAGCUCCUCGCAGACAACGACCAAGAAAACAGGCUGUUGCAGGAGGAGAAAACGUUGCAGCUAAUGAAUUCCCACACUUGGUUUCUCUCCAAUAUUCUCCAAGUGCUGGCAGAGCUCCUCAACACUUUUGUGGAGCAAGUAUCAUCAGCAAGCGUUGGUUGAUCACUGCUGCUCACUGUGUAGCUGUGGAUGGAAUGGAUGCAACAAAAAUAAGAGUAGUUGCUGGAACCAACAAUAAGGAUGCAAAUUGUGCACAAUCCAACUCUGGAUGUGUGGUUAGGUCUGUCUCUAGAGCCAUUUCUCAUCCAAAUUACAACAAGGACUACAUUAGAAAUGAUUUGGCACUCAUUGAAUUGACAGCUGAUUUACCAUAUGGUCAAAACAUUAAGCCAAUUGCAUUAGAAGGUGGUUCUAUUCCUUGGGAAACUGUGCUAACUGUUGCUGGUUGGGGUUUGACAAGAGACGGCUCACAAAAUUUACCAACCAUUGCACAAAAGGGUUAUCUUCCUUUACGAUCAAGCUCAGUGUGCAAUGCACAACGUCUUGACAUGCAAUCUCCAUGGCAAUUGUGUGCAGGAGAAGGAAGAGGUAUUAACUCAUGCCAAGGUGAUAGUGGUGGUCCAUUGUUCUGGAAGAGACAGUCGUCACAAAACCCCUCAGACGUGGUCAUGGGGUUGGCAGGACUGGUUUCAUAUGGACCUCAAGGAUGUGGUCGUCAGGGCUCAUUCAGUGUCUACACCAACGCCACCUAUUGGAUUAAUUAUGUGAAAAAUUAUGUGAGUGAUAUUAAUAUUGUCUACUACUCCAAUCCUAGCACUCCAUCUCCUUCGCCUUCACAACCAUGUGUUUGCCAACAGCAAAGUGAGACAAGAGCUGACUCCAACACUACUCCUAUCCCACAUCCAAUUCCUAAUGAAGAAGCACCAAACAACGCUGACGAGGUAAUGCCACCACAUCAAGAGCCAAAUCUUGUGGAAUCAGCAACUUAA